AUGUCAUAUUACAUUACGAUCCUCAACGGUCCGGGUGUGGAUGAGAGUCCCGAAAAUCUAUGGGUUAAUCUCGGCUUUACUGUCACGGAGUAUUUUAAACUUCGCACUGAUGGAGCCCUGAUUUGUUUUAUGCUGGAACGUAUUCGGGAGCUGAAGUUCAAACUUACUCGUGAGCCCUGGGAUCGACGAUCUCGGUGGUGUAUCUCAAUUCCAGUCUCCAAGAUGCACAAAACCAUGGACGGAGCUGCUAAUGACGCCUUGCAACUGGUGCAGUGGUACAAGACCCAAGUUCUGAAUGGGAAUGCAACCAUCAACCGCGAACUGCUGUUUGAUCGGAGGCCUUUUCAUGAUGGUAGGGAAUGCUGCAGAAAUAAUGUGUGUGAUCGGGUGCUGCAUCCUGAGUGGUGGGGUAUAGAACUUUAG